AGUAAAUACGCAAAAGGAACUUGCAGUCUUCUUGGCGCGGGCAUGCCAUGGCUGACGCUUCCUUUCUCCAUUCUCCUCAUUGCACUUUCCGCACCUUUACUAAUCCAACCAAGAAAUUGAACACCUUCUUCCACUCUCCUCUUCUUUUCAAUUUUAACCAUCACAGAAACAAGAGGGACUUCUCGUUGCUAGCUUUAACACCUACUUCACAAAGCUCACACUUACCCAUUUCUAUCGAAAGCAAUUCACAUCCACUCAUCAAUGUGGACUACAUGGAGAAGGAAUUCAGGGGCCAUGGAGUUAGCUUUACAGAACUUGGAGAAAGUUGUGUUCUAAAGAUGCAAGUGGAAAAUGGAAGUAAUGCCAGCCUGAUGCUCCCAAGUGGUUUAAUCACAUCAUACAAGCCUCACAUGUGGCAUGGCGGAACACUUGAGGUGCUCCAUACCUCUGUUUCAAAGGGAGAAGAUGGUGGUGUUGUUGUUCAAGGAGGAGUAUUUGUGGGUUUCAAUUGUAGAACUGAUGGUGCUGUAUCAUCAUGGUCUCCAAGCACUUGGGCUCUUCUUGACGUGAGAGGGAAUCCUCAAGAUGGCAUUCAGGUUGAGUUAGGAAGCUGUAGUAAUUCAGAAGGCAUGAUUGAGGUUAAAUACAUAGUGACUCUCGAAUCAGACACCCUGAGCACAGAGCUUCAAAUCUCAAACUUGACUCCUUUGCCUCUCCAGUUAAUGGGUUCUCUUAUAAGUCAUUUAACAGUGAGUACACCUGAAGCAACUUAUGCUGUUGGACUGGAAGGAUCAAAUUACUUCAACAGGCCACCAUUAAUGUCAGACUUCAGCAUCAUUCCUCCAGGUUUUGGACACAGAAGACUUCAGGAUUCUAACAAACUCUGGGGUCAAACAGCUGUUGAGGGCUUGAUGUCAAACUGGGGAAUGACAGGAUCAAACAGCCAAGGCAGAGAAACAGGAGAAGAACAAGUAGAAGAAGAAGAAAUUGAGGAAGAAGAGGAUGAUAACUAUGCUCACCUGACUGAGAAGAUGAGCAGAAUAUACACCAGCGCUCCUAGGAGGUUCUCAUUCAUUGAUAGGGGUAGAAGGAACUCAGUUAUAGUAGGGAGAGAUGGGUUUGAUGAAUUGUAUGUGUUCAGUCCUGGGUCAAGCUAUGACUGGUAUGGCACGUAUGCUUAUAUCUGCGCAGGUGCAUCAGCUUUGCUGAAACCAAUAAUCUUGGCUCCUAAAGAUGUAUGGAGGGGAUUUCAGUAUCUACACAACCCAAAUCUAUAAACCAUUUUAUAUCAAAGAAAAUGUUUGAGUUUUGGUUUUC